AUGAUCGACAGUCUACAAGACAUAUUGAAUAGAAAACUAGAGGAAAGAUUACCGGGAAAGAGGAGCUUAACAGUAAUCUCAUUAGUCUCAAAUUUCACUCAAUUAAAGCAACAUCUAUUCCCGUUCACCUCAUCUAUACCAAAUCCACCAAUCAAGAAGAUCCUUAUUGCAUUCGCAGAAUAUGAUACGCUCAGCUCUGCGAUAGAGCUGCAUCUAUUCAAAUUGAAUGACAGAGUCCUUAUUUACGUCUCAAAGGUAGACUCUACAGGAUUCGGUUUGACACCUUCACCAAUGUCAAUUGCGAUUGAAAGUGUCAUACACUGGGCCAAAGUAGCCUUCAAUUUGCAAGUCUGGCUACACAUUUUUUCUCGAGCUCAAAAUGCAUACAUAUUCCCUAAUAGCGAGAAGAAUGGUAAAAAGAGAGUACUCUCUGACAUGCAAUUGCAGAGAUGGUGGAAGCAAACAUUGGAUAACCUCACUCCAUUCAAGCGAUGGCUCUUUCUGCCUGGAUUUUCUCAAGAAGAGGCGAUAGGGAUCAUCAAGGUUGAUAAUGAUUGGAUUUACGGUAAUCCACAUCAAUCCAACCAGGAAUUGAAUUCCAGGAACCUCUCAUCUUUGAUACCUUACUUUGAAGAUGACCCAAAGUCGAGAUUUUUGGACGAAUUGGCUAACUCAGCUGAAGCUCUGGACGGCCGUUCUUUGAAGAAGCCCAGACGUGAAAGCAGCAAGGAAGAGAAUGUAAGCUAUAAGCAAAACGCAUUAGACCGCAUCUCAAUUGAAGAGUUUUGGGAAAGACUCGGUUAUAGACAGGAGUGUGCGUCAGGUAGAGUGACUGGAUUCUUCUUUCUACAUUUCUCAAGAGAAGAUGGACCAAUCAAAGAGGCAAUUGAGGUGAAUAAGACGGAUCAAGAUAUCGAUAUUUCGAUAGAAUUAUUCCAUCGAAUUCAUGAUCUGCUGACAAACUCGGACUUCCAUACGUUUGAAGGCGCGGUGUCUGCAACGUCAUCGUGGUUAAACAAGAUCAGGACAUUGAUAGAUAAUUCUCAAGCAUACAUAGCACCAAAUGUUAAAGUCGAUAACCCUGAGAAAGUUAAAGCGACAGCAGAUACUGAGCCUGUAAAAGCCCAAGUACUGACCGUGCGCAAGAAAAAAAGACCCGCGAGUGCCGUAUAA